ACGGCCCUAACCAACCCCAGGCCCUAAUCCUAACCUAGGACCUAGAUCAAAAUUAUAAGUUUCAUUUCUAGCUAAAAAGCGUAAGCUUUUAAUCAAAUUGUAGUUCAUAAAAUUAAAGUUAUAGUAUUAUUUAGUAACCUGUUUGCUUAGAAUCAAGUCUAAGUCAUGGCUGAAAACAAAUUGUCCAAUAUUAAUGAGAGCAACGAAUGUGAUGAAGAUGGGAUCGUCACCAUGGUUGAUGUUUUAAAAGCUGAAGAAAUAUUGGAAGAGAAUGCUGAUGCCGUUCUUGGACCAGGUGAUGAUAAAAACUGCACAUACAACGAGGGCUAUUUAAAACGUCAAGCUCUUUAUUCAUGCCUAACUUGCCUGCCGGGUGCUGGCCCAGAUAGAGCUGGCUUAUGCCUUGCUUGCAGUUAUCACUGCCAUGCUGAUCAUGAACUUGUAGAAUUAUACACUAAAAGGAACUUCCGCUGUGACUGUGGUACCAGUUUAUUUAAAGGACGGCACUGCACUCUUGAUCCUUUGAAGACUGGCGUCAAUGAAAAAAAUGUGUACAAUCAAAACUUCCGAGGAGUGUAUUGCACGUGCAGCCGCCCUUAUCCUGACCCUGAGGAUUCUGUUGAGGAUGAAAUGAUCCAAUGUAUCAUAUGUGAAGACUGGUACCACACUAGGCAUCUGACAAGUGCAGUGCCUAAAGAAGACGACUACGCAGAAAUGAUUUGUAGUCCUUGUACAGAUAAAUUACCAUUCUUGCAGUAUUACCUAGGAUACGCAGUAAGUAAAGUGUCCAAGGAAGAAGAGAAGGAGGGUGAUGUCAGUGUCACAGAGGAAAAUACAUCUCUUGAAUCAUCCUUGAAACUGGAUGAAGGUGAAAACUUGGAGUCAAGAAAAACAUCAAUCCUUGAUGUUGAGGAAAAACAGAAUUCAGAAGAGAAAACUUGUCCACCCCAAAGUAAUUCUGCCAUCUCAAAAGAGACCAAAGAUGAUAGCAAUGAAGUUAUGCAAGAAGCUGAUGUAUCUGCUAAUGAAAAAGAAACCGCAAGUUCUUCUGACAUCAUUAAUGGUUGUAAAUUAAAGAGUUUGAAGAUGCUUCCUCGAGACAGUGGUGCUACAUUUUGGCCAGAGAACUUCAGAAAACUCCUUUGUGUUUGUUCAUCUUGCAAGGAGACGUAUGCUAGUCUUGGUGUGCUGUUCCUCACUGACGAGGGGGACACUGUGAGAGCCUAUGAAGAGGAGGGGAAGGCACGAAAGAGGUCGGCCGGGGCAGGGGUGACACAGUACGAGCGAGGCAUGGAGGCUCUGUCAUCCCUCGACAGAGUGCAACAGAUGGAGGCUAUACUGAGUUACAAUGAAAUGAAGACACACCUUAGUGAAUAUCUGGCCAAAUUUGUUGAGAAUAAGAAAGUUGUCAGAGAAGAAGACAUCAGGGAGUUUUUCACAGGCAUGCAAGCUCGUAAACGCCAGAAGACUGAUGUGCCCUACAAUUGUCGUUAACAUAUUAAAAUUAUUUCAUGUCUCAUUGUGAAUUCUCAUUUAAAUUUACUUUUUUAGGUUAUGCUUUUAAA